AUGGUAGAGAACCUUUCGCCUGAUUCGAUGUUUUGUUCCAGCUCGCCAGAAAUGAACAGCUUUGGCUUUUACUCCACCUUUUCGGACUCCGCUAUUUCAACGCUUUCCAUGCAGUCAAAUGGUUCCACAAGCCCAUUGUCGGCUACUAGCAACCAGUACAUCACUCCUUCCCAAUCAGUCACCCAGCCCCAACCCAAAGAUGUCGUUUCAUUCGAAAACUAUAAGAAUACCCCCGACACCAAUGAGAACAAACAGCAACACCCAAGCGCUCAGCUUAAGAUCCAAAACAACAGAAAGUUGAAAAAACAUUCUCGUCCUGGCCGUAAAGCAAAAAGGGCCGACUCAGAAUUGUCUGAGAUUGAACUUGCGAAACGCGAAUUGCGCCGAGAGCGAAAUAAAGAAGCAGCCAGACGCUGCAGACAACGAAGACUUGACAAGACGCGCACUCUGGAAGACGAGGUGAACGUUUUGCAGCACGAGAACCACGAUCUUGAGUACGAAAAUUACAGACUCAGACAGCAGCUCGACCAUUUGCGCUACCAAGUGGAGCACUUUUGUCAUUCGCAAGGGAUUCAACUGCCGCAGCUGGCGCCCAACUCAGCUUCGCUCGUCCAGAUGAACUACUACGACGAGAACUCGACGUUUCCGGCCUUGCCCGUCAGCGGACCACACCCGCCGCUCUCAAAGCAAUUCAAUAAUUGCCAAUCGUCGAAUUAUCACAACUACAAGAACGAAGUCCACUACCAAGGACGGAUCGUAUCGCAAACCGCCUCAGGCGUGCGCAAAGAAGUCUCAUUAGAGAAUAAGGAACAGACAAUCUUCAUGAGCUUAUGA